UGCUCAGAGCCGACGAUCAGUUCUGUGUUGAACGUCGCCGGCGCAACUCGCGAAUCCGAUUGGUAGUGCUUAAUCCUCGUCUUGAAAGUGGCUUCCUGAAGAUGCCUCGCUUAAGAUUAGAUCGCUUGUGGUUUCUGAUAGUACUAGUAUGGGGCUCCAUGAUUGGAUUAUGUCAAAGUCAGAGCUUAUCUAUUUUGGGCCAAAAAACCAUUCGACCAUUUGCACCCUACACAGUAAGCAUAACAAACACAUUAUCGAAGGAUGUUCAACUGGAGAUCUUGCUUUACGGAUCUGACCUGGACGACAAACAAACGAUUAAAGCAAAGCGUGAAUCUGAGCAAAGGAUUACAUUUGAGACAAAACAUGUCACGGAUGGCGAAUACCACCUGUCUAUCAGGAGUUUGGACCACAGUGUAACAUUCCGGGAAGAUAUUGAACUCAUAUCCGAUCCCAGAGUGUUUUCCAUAUUCAUCCAGAUCGACAAACCUGUUUAUAAACCGGGUGACAUGAUGCACUUCCGAGUUAUUGUGAUAGACUCGGACACCAGGCCAGUGACAAAUCUGUCCUAUGUGACAGUCGGACUAAAGGACUCUACCGAUACUUCCAUACGGGAGUGGCAGUAUGCAAAGCUUCACAACGGGGUGUUUGAAUCUGCUGUGCUGAUGCCUUCUUCGCCAAACUUGGGUAAAUGGUUGUUGACUGUAGAAUCCGAACAGUUUCAGGUACAGAAAAUUAAAGAAUUUGAAGUUAAACCGUAUGUAUUGCCCAAAUUUUGGAUCAAGGUGUACCCAACGGAGGUUCUCCUAGCUGGGAAAAAUACUAUAAAGCUUACAGUGGAGUCGGAGUUUACAUUUGGCAGACCAGUUGCAGGAGUGGUUAAAGUAGAUCUGUAUUUUAGUAAAAUAAGAAGAAACUCGGAACACUCAAUUAGUAAAUAUUUUGAAAGGAUGACUAUGUUUGAAUUUUUCCUUAAUGAGGAAGUUGAUUUGGAUGAUGAUAAAGAGUUUGCGGACGUUUUUGUCAAUGUUACUGUAACUGAGAAGCACACAAAUACAACACUAUUUAUUUUUGAACCAAUUCGCGUGUUUAGGGAUGAAUUUGACAUCGCUCUUAUCAAACCAUGGCCAAUGUUUCGCCCUGGGAUGCCGUUUCCGUUGCAAGUUUCAUUCAAAGAUAGGAUGGGACGUACGGCUGGUAGCGGACAAACGGUAACAACUCGGGUUACUUAUCGACUGAACAACGAAGAGGAUAGAGAAACCGAUAUUGUGGGAACUAUCAGCAGCAGAGGAUUACUAUCUCUGCCGAAUAUUGUGCCCCCAGUAACUGCAACAGAAAUGAACGUUCAGAUCUCCUACGAAUCUGUGGACUUUGAAGAGACAAUUGAUGGAGCAAUUUCGAAGAGUAAUCAGUACCUCCGAAUUAUAUUACCAGAAAAAUACAACAAGUUACGUCCAAACAGAGAGGUGCAAUUUGAAAUUGUUUGCUCCGAGCCGAUGAGCUACAUAACAUAUGUUCUUGUGGCCAGAGGAGUUGUUGUCGAUUCAAAACUUGUAAAAACAUUCCGCAGAAAAAAAUUCUCUCUAAAAUACAAAAUGAAACCAAACUUGGCACCCAGGGCGCGCUUAAUUGUGUUUUAUACCAACAAAGAAUACAUGAUCUGGGACAGUAUAGUGCUUGAUUUCGAUGUUUUUCAUAAUGAUUUCAAAAUUUUCUUGGACGAGAAAAAAUACAACCCAGGUCAAGAGGCUUACAUAGAUGUGGAGGCGACUUCCGACUCGUAUGUCGCAUUUCAUGCGAUUGACCAGAGCGUUUUGCUAGUAAAUGAUAGCUGGAACGAUUUGACAAAGGCGAACGUCGUAAAAGAAUUUGAUUCCUUCGGUGACAAUGAGUUUGACCCAUUCCACUCAAUGGGAUUAUUUAUGCAAACAACGUCUAAACAAGACUCGGGCACAGCAAAACUGUCCAGAUACGGACUAGGAUUUCAAAAUGCCAAAGAGAUUCUGCACAUAAGAACCAUCUUUCCUGAAACAUGGUUGUGGCAAAAUGUGUCCAUGGAGGGCAAAACCGAUGUAUCUUUUUCGGCCCAGGUGCCAGACACGAUGACGUCGUGGCUGGUGACAGGAUUCGCGCUCAGUCCCACGACCGGGCUGGGUCUCAUCCACGAGCCGAUCACUUUCAAAGUGGAGAAAACGUUUUAUAUCGUGGCGCACCUCCCGUACUCCAUCAAGCGUGGCGAAGUUACCGUCAUUCAAGUGAUGAUCUACAAUUUUAUCGGAAAUACUUUGAUCACUGAUGUACGUCUAUACAACAAGAACGACGAAAUUGAGUUUGUGGAUCAAUCUUCGAGUGACACAAUGCGCCGCACCAAGGCUGUCAUUAUGCCCGGGAAUUCUGGUAGACAGGUGUCCUUUUUAGUAAAAGCCAAAAAGAUUGGAGAAAUUGCUGUGAAGAUUGAAGCGGUCAACAGUUUGAAACAGGAUUCCGUCGAGCAUAUACUUCGGGUGGAGCCAGAGAGUUACUUGUCCAGCAAAAACGAGCAAAGAUAUAUUGAGCAUCAGGAAUACAAAUCAACGCAAGAAAAUAUAACAAUUGACAUUCCAAGAUAUACUUUACCCGGCUCCAUAGAAAUCGCGUUUGAUUUGGAUCCAAAUUUCUUAAGUAUUCCGAUUAAAAAUAUCAAUCAACUGAUGCAAACUCCUAAAGAAUAUGGGGAAGCUAAUAUGUUAGAUUUUGUUCCACAAGUUGUUGCGUUGGAUUAUCUUACGGAAUCCAAAAUGGAUAAUGAAAACCUUAAAAACAAAAUGAUCAAUUAUAUAAAAACAGGCUAUCAUAAUCAGUUGAAGUACAAGUUAAACAAUGGUUCUUUUUGUAACUGGGAAUCUGAAGAGCACAAAAAAGGAAGCAUAUUUAUCACGUCAUUAGUGGCAAAAUCAUUCAAAAUUGCAGCAAAACAUGUUGACGGAUUGAUAAGCAACGAAAUUGUCGAAUCUGCCUUAAAGUGGCUAGCCAGUAAUCAACAGAGCGACGGAAGUUUUGUAGAAGUUGGAGACAAAAUUCACAACGGAUUGCAGAGCAAAUAUGCCCUUACUGCAUAUGUUCUGGCGGCAUUUCUCGAAGUCGGGGAAUUGGCAAACAAAUAUUCCGCAAAUAUUAACUCUGCUAUUGAGUAUUUGGUGAAAAUUCAUACAAAACUGGUCGACCCAUACGACUUGGCGUUGACAGCGUAUGCACUAUCAUUGAAGCAACAUGAGGCCGGAAAACGGUGUUUGGAUAACAUAAUUGAGCGUUCGAAUCAAACAGGUGCUGUCAGAUUGUGGAACGAGGGCCCAUUUUCAACCGAAAUCGGAAGUUAUGUUGUACUUACAUUUUUGCAAUAUUAUCCCGUCAUCGAGGCAACACCCAUUGUAAACUGGCUGACCAACAAACGAUCUGAAACUGGUGGGUUUAGUUCAAUUCAAAGCACAUUCAUUGGGCUGCGAGCAAUGGCUCAAUAUGCAUUGAAGGCAUCGGUGGACGCAUAUGACUAUACAAUCACAUUGAGAUGGAAAAAAUUGCUAGCGAAAAAAUUCAAUGUAAACAGGUACAAUGCUCGUUAUACUCAAACUACCAUCGUACCAUCAGACGUAAGACAGGUAUCGGUGGAAAUUGAUGGCAUAGGAAUCGGCUAUUACCAAGUAGCUUAUCAAUAUCGCACUGAACUGAAAGACGCUAAGCAUGGAUUUGAUUUGAGUCUGAAGUUGAUGGAAGACAGCAAUUACCGUGUACAAAACUUGAAAGUCUGCACUAAGUUUAGGAAGCCUGAAUCGUACACUACAUCCAAUUUAGCAUACGUUGAAGUGUUCUUCCCAAGCGGCCUUCACGUCAAUAAUGAAAACGCAAUAACAGAUCUUGCAAGCAGACACAAAAUCAUGAAAAUCAAAUUGCUUAACCAGGGAACUAACGUUCGCGUGUACUACAAUAGUUUGGGAGAGUUUGACUCUUGCUUUAUAGUCAAAGCUGAGCGUCGCUAUGACGUCGCAUUGCAUCGUCCUGCCCAUGUUGUUGUGUAUGAUGCCGUGGAUAACAAUGUGUUUGCUAUAAAGAAAUACGACGGAAUUGUUAACCAACCAUGCGAUAUCUGCCAAGAUGAAGAUUGUGAAACUAUGGCAUGCAAAGUUGCCAAAUAAUCGCAAUAAAAUGUUUAAAGUCUAAAUAAAUAAGAAAGAACA